GAGGUUUUAGCUCCGCGGAUCUCCCCCCACGCGGUCACUUCAUGAUGUCAGCACCUCCUCACUGAGCUCCUCUUGGAUCCUUUCUGCCAAAAGUUCACUCAUUUGUGGAGCGCCAGGAUGGAGCCGCGCGCCGGUUCGGUUCUGCAGAAACAGACGCUCCUCUGCUUCAUACUGGCAGUGGCUCGGUGUGUGCUGGCGCAGGGUUGUGGGUCGCACUACGAAUUUGCCAUUGACGAGUUCUGUCUAGCCAAAUUCCGGCUGGACAUGCAGGAGCUGGACCAGAGUCAGUGGUGUAGCUGGGAGGACACAGUCGAACUGUAUGGAGAGCUCACAAACUGCACGUACCUGGUGGCGCUGAACAUGGGGUGCUACUGGCCCAACCGAAUGGUGGACGAGUUCUUCAUCCGAGUCCACAGGCACUACUUCCACGACUGCUCGCUGUCUGGACGACUUCUCAGGGACCCUCCAAACCGCAUCCUGGGUCCUUUCAUUGUUGUCCCCAUCCUGGUCACCCUCCUGAUGACAGCCCUGGUAGUGUGGAGGAGCAAACGCAGUGAGGGGAUUGUGUAG